AUGCUGGGCCCCCAGCGCCCCUUGCUGCUACAGCAGCAGCAGCAGCAGCAGCAGCAGCAGCAGCAGCAGCACGUUGCAGCACCCGUCGAGGUCAUAUUUUUUCCUUUCGAGCCCAGAGGGCGCUGCAGAGGCAUGGGCGAAGUCGAGCUCUUUCCCCUCAGCUGUAUGUACACUCCAGCUCCGCAGCGGGACGCUUCCUUAGUUGCUGCUACAGAGUUGGGAGACAGAACUUUUUUUCUUGCUGCUCUUUUGGCGCUGCGGUACAGCCGGCUGUUGGUGUUUGCUGCUGCUGCUGCUGCUCUCUGUGUUGCUGCUGCUGCUUCUGCUGCAGCAGGCUUCCUGCUGCAGUCCGCAGCAGCUUCUGCCUGGCUCGCGGGGCCCCUGGGGGGCCUCCUCAGGGGGGGCCCCCUGCUGCAGCUGGCAGCAGCAGCAGCUUUGCUGCUCUUUGGUUUGCACCAUCUUUACAAAGCCAAAAAGGCCUGGGGGCCCCACAGGGGGGCCCCCAGAAGGCUCUCAACCCGCUCUUCCCAGGAGGCCCUGGGGGCCCCCCUGGGGGCCCCCCUGGGGGCCCCCCUGGGGGCCCCCCUGGGGGCCCCUCUGGGGGCCCCCCUGGGGGCCCCUGCGGUGGGGGGGCCCCUGGGGGCCCCCCCAGGGGCCUCCCUAGGCUCCCCCCUGGGGGCCCCCCUGGGGGCCCCCCUGGGGGCCCCCCUGGGGCCCCUGGGGGCCCCCCUGGCAGCAGAAGGGGCCCCUGUGCUGCUGGCGAGGAGCAGCAGCAGCGAGACGGAGGGGGGGGCCUGUGGGGCCCCCGAAGAAGGGUUUGGGGGGGCCCCCGAGGGGGGCCCCCCCGCAGGGUUUGGGGGGGCCCCCAAGGGGGGCCCCCCCCCAGGGUUUGGGGGGGCCCCCAAGGGGGGCCCCCCUGAUGAUGCCUCUGUGUCCACGCGGCUGUCUCCGGCAGAAAAAGGAGAAGAGGAGUUUUGCGAUGGUUUGGAGGAGGCCCAAGAGGACUUGGAGCGUUUUUACGUAAACCCUAAACCCUAA